CUAUAUCACUGUCUCAAGCCUCCAACUCUUCCUUAUUCUCGCACCCGUUAUUUUCAUCUCCGGCGAUCAGGCGAAUUGUCUCUUGUUACAGUAUUCUAGAUCCAAGAUGAGUCACCAGGCCGAGUCAUCGGACUCAAAAAGCACUAAGAAAGACUUCUCUACCGCGAUCUUGGAGCGGAAGAAGGCGCCUAAUCGCCUCGUCGUUGACGAGGCGGUCAACGAUGAUAACUCGGUCGUUGCCCUCAACCCCGCCACCAUGGAGAAGCUCCAGCUCUUUCGCGGUGACACAGUUCUGAUCAAGGGAAAGAAAAGGAAAGAUACAGUGGUCAUUGCCCUUGCUGAUGACACAUGUGAAGAACCUAAGAUCAGGAUGAACAAAGUUGUCAGGGCAAAUUUGAGGGUUCGGCUUGGUGAUGUUGUUUCUGUCCACCAGUGUCCAGAUGUUAAGUAUGGGAAACGUGUGCACAUACUUCCUAUAGACGAUACCAUUGAAGGAGUCACCGGGGACCUCUUUGAAUCCUACUUGAAGCCUUACUUUUUGGAGGCAUAUCGCCCUCUGAGGAAAGGAGACCAUUUCCUUGUUAGGGGAGGGAUGAGAAGUGUGGAAUUCAAGAUCAUUGAGACUGAUCCUGGGGAGUAUUGUGUUGUUGCUCCUGACACUGAAAUAUUCUGUGAGGGAGAGCCAGUGAGGAGGGAAGAUGAGGAUAGACUUGAUGAAGUGGGCUAUGAUGAUGUUGGUGGUGUUAGAAAACAAAUGGCUCAGAUUCGUGAAUUGGUGGAGCUGCCAUUGAGGCAUCCUCAACUUUUCAAAUCCAUUGGUGUGAAACCACCCAAAGGAAUUUUACUCUAUGGCCCGCCUGGUUCUGGGAAGACGCUGAUAGCAAGAGCUGUUGCUAAUGAAACUGGUGCAUUUUUCUUCUGUAUCAAUGGACCAGAGAUUAUGUCCAAGUUAGCUGGAGAGAGUGAAAGCAACCUUAGGAAGGCUUUUGAAGAGGCUGAAAAGAAUGCCCCUUCUAUCAUAUUUAUUGAUGAAAUUGAUUCAAUUGCUCCCAAGCGGGAGAAGACGCAUGGUGAAGUUGAGAGAAGAAUUGUCUCACAACUGUUGACUCUGAUGGAUGGAUUGAAAUCCCGUGCUCAUGUUAUAGUUAUGGGAGCCACAAACCGACCUAACAGUAUUGAUCCUGCUCUAAGAAGAUUUGGUAGGUUCGACAGGGAAAUAGACAUUGGUGUUCCAGAUGAAGUUGGACGCCUUGAAGUUCUUCGCAUUCAUACCAAGAAUAUGAAACUUUCUGAGGAGGUUGAUCUUGAGAGAAUUGCUAAAGACACUCAUGGUUAUGUUGGUGCUGACCUUGCAGCUCUCUGUACUGAAGCUGCACUUCAAUGCAUUAGAGAAAAGAUGGAUGUCAUUGAUUUGGAGGAUGAAACAAUUGAUGCAGAGGUUUUGAAUUCCAUGGCUGUUUCAAAUGAACACUUCCAAACUGCUUUGGGAACAAGCAAUCCUUCUGCUUUACGUGAGACUGUUGUUGAAGUGCCCAACGUUAGCUGGGAAGACAUUGGGGGCCUUGAAAAUGUCAAACGAGAACUUCAAGAGACGGUUCAAUAUCCUGUGGAGCACCCAGAGAAGUUUGAAAAAUUUGGCAUGUCACCUUCAAAAGGUGUUCUUUUCUAUGGUCCCCCAGGAUGUGGGAAAACUCUUCUGGCUAAGGCAAUUGCAAAUGAGUGUCAAGCGAAUUUCAUUAGUGUUAAAGGGCCUGAAUUGCUCACAAUGUGGUUUGGAGAGAGUGAGGCCAAUGUUCGUGAAAUUUUUGACAAGGCUAGAGGAUCAGCGCCAUGUGUUCUCUUCUUUGAUGAGCUUGACUCGAUUGCCACUCAGAGGGGAAGCAGCGUCGGGGAUGCUGGUGGUGCAGCUGAUCGGGUUCUUAACCAACUUCUAACUGAAAUGGAUGGCAUGACUGCAAAAAAGACUGUUUUCAUAAUUGGGGCUACAAACAGACCUGACAUAAUUGACCCUGCACUCCUUCGUCCUGGCAGACUUGAUCAAUUAAUUUAUAUCCCUCUCCCUGAUGAGGAUUCACGCCACCAGAUUUUCAAGGCUUGCCUUAGAAAAUCUCCUCUUUCAAAAGAUAUUGAUCUGCGAGCUCUUGCAAAAUACACUCAUGGAUUUAGUGGAGCUGAUAUUACAGAAAUCUGCCAGCGAGCCUGCAAAUAUGCCAUUAGGGAGAACAUUGAGAAAGAUAUAGAGAGGGAGAAGAGGAGAAGUGAGAAUCCUGAUUCCAUGGAUGAGGAUGUUGAGGAUGAAAUAUCGGAGAUUAAGCCUGCACAUUUUGAGGAGUCCAUGAAGUAUGCUCGUCGCAGCGUUAGUGAUGCUGAUAUACGCAAGUACCAGGCAUUUGCUCAGACGUUGCAGCAGUCUCGAGGCUUUGGAACCGAGUUCCGCUUUGCUGAGUCAGGAUCCGGCGGUGCUUCCGGAGCUGACCCGUUUGCGACAUCCACUGCUGGAGCCGAUGAAGAUGACUUGUAUAGUUAAGACAUGUUAGAAUGUCCUCCUACCCUUGUUAUUUUUUUGCAAUGACACUUCUGCUUCAUUCAUUGCUCCCAUGACUACUGAUUAACUGUUCUUUAUUGGGCUUCGGAUAUUGACACUUCGACAGGGUUGUGUCUGGUCAACUUCGUUUCUACUGUUCUCAAUAUUUUCAGUUUAAGACCUGAUAAUACCUUUUGUCCUAAUUAGAUGCAUUCCAUAUGGGCACUAAUAUUGUUCUUGAUCUCCUGUAGAACUGUCAUCAUAUUGAAUGUAUAUUAAUAUACUUGCCCAGAAGGCUAUGAGAC